GGGGCCGGCCCAGAUCCCCCAGACCUGAGCCUCAGCCCGGCUGGGCGAGCAGUAACACCAGCCGCAGGCUGCCUCCAGCGCCCGGCCGCCGGCCCCGCGCAGAAGAGUGAGUUCCCAGGCGGGGGAAUAGACGGACAGGCGGACGGACAGACGAACGGUCGGACAGCCGGCCCGCCUUCUCGCACUCCCGGCCUGGCAGUGCCCGGAGAACCUUGCCCUGUGGGCCGAGAGGAAGGAGCAGAGCGAGCUGAGCCCUGACCAGCCCCCACGGUGUCUGCAUUGAUGGCAAGCCAGGAGGGGCUACAUGAGUCAGAUGCGUCCUUCUGCCUAUGUCCCCGGGCAUCCUCUGGAGAAGAGGCCUCAGGAAGGGGAGCCUGGGCCAAACCCCCAAACUUCCAAGAGGAGAUUUGAGGGGGAGGAAUGCAAUCCAGGCAUGACCACCAGCCCGUUUGGAUACACAGAGGUGGCCAGAGGCUUCAGCCACCCAGCCAUGGCUUUGUGCCUGAAACAGGUGUUCAACAGAGACAAGACGUUCCGGCCUCGGAAGCGCUUUGAGCCGGGCACCGAACGCUUUGAGCUCUACAAGAAGGCGCAGGCCUCGCUGAAGUCGGGCCUGGACCUGCGGGCCGUGGUGCGGCUGCCACCUGGGGAGAGCAUCAAUGACUGGCUGGCCGUGCACGUGGUGGACUUCUUCAAUCGCAUCAACCUCAUCUACGGGACGAUGGGAGAGUGCUGCACAGAGGCCAGCUGCCCCGUGAUGUCAGGUGGCCCGCGCUAUGAGUACCGCUGGCAAGAUGAGCAGCAGUACCGGCGGCCCGCCAAGCUGCCCGCACCCCGCUACAUGGCGCUGCUCAUGGACUGGAUCGAGGGGCUCAUCAACAAUGAGGACGUCUUCCCCACCCAAGUGGGUGUCCCCUUUCCCAAGAACUUCCAGCAAGUGUGCACCAAGAUCCUGACCCGCCUUUUCCGUGUCUUUGUCCACGUCUACAUCCACCAUUUUGAUGGCAUCAUCGCCAUGGGUGCCGAGGCCCACGUCAACACCUGCUACAAGCAUUUCUACUACUUUAUCCAGGAGUUCAGCCUCGUCGACCACCGGGAGCUGGAGCCACUGAGAGAGAUGACAGAGAGGAUCUGUCAUUGAGCCCCCAACUGCUUGGAGGAAGAUGCUGAACUUUGGCCUGGAGCUCCUGGGACCUUGGUGGGGAAAAGGCCACCACUCCCAUAACUGUGGCCAUGGAGGACCCACAGCCGCUCCCUUCCUCUGGUGACCCUCCCUGAGGCCCUCCAAAUUCCAGUUUUCAUUUUCCAGAGUCUGCCCACACUCUCUCCUGCUGGAAGGCGGUAGGGAAGGACCAGGAAGAAAGAUAGACAAAAAAGGGACACACUUCAGAAAUUACUUCGAGGGAGGGUGUCAUGAAUCUGAAAUUUCCUUUGGGAGGCCUUCCCCACCUUCACCCCAAGCCAGACAAGACCCCUGAGCCUUUCAGGGAGGUAGAUGAUGUGGGGGUAUAAUUACAACCAAAAAUUCUUCGACAGUAUAGGGGCCAGAGCCAGGAGGGCUGUGUGUGACCCUGUGACCUGCCUUCAAGGGACUGUCAGUGAAGUCCAGAAGCAUUUAUUAAGUGCCUUCUAUGUGCCAGGCACUGAGCUGAGGGCUGUGUGUCUGGCUGACUGGCUCUUGCGCCUAGGUCUAUGUGUAGGUGUGAUUCCUUCCCUGUGUGUAUGUGUGUGGUUGUGUAUU